UGUCGUUUUGUAUGCAAUUUUUAGCGCUGAAUUCAAAUAACUCACUAGUUCUUAGCAAAAUGGUCAAACUCAAGUGUAUUUUUAGACAUGAAAAUUACAUUUAGUUUCAAAACGUACAAUCUCCUUUGUCGAAUAAGAUUCAAAGUGUACAAUAUCCCAAAUGGAUUUUUUGUGUCAAAGUGUACAAUCUCCACGUUUACGAGUUAGCUUAUCGUGAUUUGUCGCUAAAAAAACGCGCCAAAUACCAUGUGCUUUGUACCUAUGAGUGACCACGAAAUUAUUAUCAGUUGUAUCAAGUUAAUCUAGCCGUACGCACGCUGUUUAUCAUAGUUAGCUGAGUUCGUCGUUUCUGUAUACUUCGUGUGAAAUUUAAUACAAAAAUAAUGGAAGUUAAUAUAACUCCCAUAACCGAUAAUAAAGCCAGAAAAAGAAAACGAAAUACAGAAGAAUGGAAGAGAAGCAAGCAGAAAAAACUACGGUAUAGACCGCAUUUGCUUCCAGUUUACCCAACUUGUGGACACAAAACAUCUGCAUUUCAGUGUACCUCCCUUACUAUAUUCCAGGACAAUUUUAUUUUGAAAUAUUGUAAAACCGUUCCUGUAAAGCGUAAACGACCAAAAAAUUCUCGACAUACCGAAAAAUUGUUCCAAGCCCAAUUUUACAUCUUCACUCAGCAAAAGCGUGCUUUGCCUGUUUGCAAACAAGCUUUCCAGGAAGUUUUGUGCAUAACUAGAAGAAGAAUUGACACUGUCACUAGAAACUUUUUUAAUACCUCUCUACCAGCAAAGGAAAAUCGCGGAGGCGACAGAAAAUUGGAAAGCAACAGGGUAAAGAAAGAUUCAGUUAUGAAUUUUAUAAACAAAUUUAAGGCAAUUGAGUCCCACUAUUGCCAAGGACAAAGCCAACGCUUAUAUAUCGACUCCUCUUUGAACAUCAAAAUGAUGUGGAGAAUGUACAUGAAGGAAAACGUCAACAUUCCAGUAAAAGAGAGUUAUUUUAGACUCAUUUUCAAUACCAACUAUAACCUAGGUUUCGGCACAUCUAGGACUGACGUUUGCUCAACAUGCUUGCAGUUGACCGAAAAAAUUAAAAGUUGCAAGGAUCAGGAUACCAAGGCCAGCCUAUUAACGGAGAAAAGGGUACAUAAAAUGAGGGCACAAGCAUUUUUUAAUAUUUUAAGGGAUGUUCAAAUUUACGACUGGAAAACUGAAACGAGCAAGUUUAUUAAGCCUCCAGGACAGUGGCACUUUGCUUUUGCCAAAAUGAAAAGGAUUGCAAGAAACUCAAAAGGCGCAGUGUUGGUCCGUGGUGAAAGCGCGUAUAAUACGAAUAAUGGAAUGGGAAAACCUGUUACAAAAAAAACAAAGAACCUUAGCAAUAUGAAUCCCACCAAAAUUCCAAUGCGGAAUGUUCUCAACACCCUUAAGAAAACUGAUGUAAAUAACCUACUAGUUGCUCAUUAUGGAGAAGAGUGGAAAAAUGAUCCCGUUUUAUUUUUUUUACAAAUUUGCCUUAGAGGGGGAUGCAAUUCCACUAGGAUGCGUAAUAAUAGCCUAUAG